AUGAAAGAGAGCUCCAGUCCAGACUCCAUGAAACACAAGAAAUCUGAACUGCGGUUGUACUGCGAUCUGUUGAUGCAGCAAGCGCACAUGGUGAAAGAAUCAGCUUGCAAACAGAAUCCUCCAGAUGUUGAGAAACUCGAAGAGGCAACUACUUUGCUUAGUGCAACCUGUGAUUCCUUUAUUGAAACUCUUGAGGCCUGCUCCAAGCUGGCCCACGAACAGUUCCAAAUGGACAUGCCCUCCUUGCACCCUAGUGAAUCUGUGAUAAGACAUGCUAAAAACCACAAACUACAACCGAGCAAUUCAACUUGA